CAGCACGAAAAUGUUCGCUACAACUGUAUGUGUGCAGCAAAGUCGCCCACUCCUUCGUCUCGUAGAAGGCUGUUGUUGGCAUGCACUUUCUCGUUCCGGUCGCUCAGCCCCCGUAAACGUUUCACAUGCGAGGGCGUUUCGUUUAACUCCACUCAAUCCCGCUUCCAUGCGAAGCCGCUUCGGCCGAAGUCAGCUGAAAUCGGAAAAUCAGUCUUCAUCGCCCAUGUCCAUUGACCUUAGCCGUGCUGCUAUCGCAGCAGGUGCUGCUCUUGGCUUGGGUGGAUUGUGCUAUUAUGGUAUGCGGUCGACCUCUGCGGGCGCAGAUGCUUUGUCCGUGAUGGAUCGAGCCUCUAUAUGGCCGGAACAUGUUCGCCAUCGUGUCAAGAUGACCUAUGCGUAUCUGGCAGCUGGAGCUACCAUCGCUGCGGGAACCGCGGUCGCACUGUCUCGUUCGGCGACGUUUUGCCGUGCCAUGAUGGGGUCAGGAUGGAUUGCACCCAUCGGUAUGAUGAUUGCCAGCAUGGGUGCCGGCGUGGUCUGUCAGAUGAUCCCUUAUCCAUCCUCGGGAGGUGUCUUUAAUUCAAAACAUCUCGCUUGGACAGUUUUCUCCGCCAGCAUUGGUGGCAUGCUCAUGCCUAUCUGCCUGAUCGGAGGCCCCAUUAUCACACGAGCAGUUCUCUACACCGGCGGGAUUGUGGGCGGACUGUCGAUUGUGGCCACAACGGCUCCGUCGGAUAAGUUUCUCUACAUGGGCGGCCCCUUGGCCAUUGGCUUGGGCGUCAUUGUCGUAUCUUCUCUGGGCUCCAUGUUUCUCUCUCCGGUAAGCCGUUUGGGCUCUGGAAUGGCUGCCAUAAGCCUGUACGGUGGGCUAAUUCUCUUCUCGGGUUUUCUUCUCUACGAUACACAAAUGGUCGUUCGACGUGCUGAAUCGUAUCCGCCUCCAUCGAAGCGGUUUUCACACGCGUAUGGUGACUUGCCGAUCAUAGAACGCUCGUUUGAUCCCAUUAACAAUUCCAUUCACAUCCUCCUGGACAUUGUGAACAUCUUCGUUCGAAUGGUGGCCAUCUUCUCUGGAGGUCAGAACCGAAGAAAGUAGAAAGUUUCGGACAUCAUCAGUACACGCUCGCACGCAGUCUCAUUCAUAUCACUUCAUCUACAUGGGAUCGGCACCACACCACCAUCUCUAUUCCAUUUACAGUACAAAUUAUUCAUAGCUAGAUGUGCAGUACGCACGCGCAUCAAAGCAUUCACUCUCAAGUCGGUUCUUCGCUCAACUUUCGAUUUUACGACCCCCGAGGUCUGAUUUGCCAUUUUUCUGUUCCCCUUUUUCUGUGGUACAUGCAUCGAAAUUUGUGUUACUGUGAAAUCGCUUGAAGAUUGUGCCGAAUGCGCGUUUGCUUCUUCAUGACGUUUACUGUGUGUGUAGUGGUGUCGGAGACUCCCAAGUGUUUAUCGUUAAAUUGUAAUUCAUGUUAUACUCAUCCUCGGUGCUUUUUAGUACAUCCUGACACAAUCGAAUGAGGAUUCGGAUUGAGG